AUGUGCAUGUGCACUUUAUAUAUAUGGGAGGUGUAUGCACGUCCUUUUUUUUAUGGUGAUGGUGGUGGUUAUGGUGGAUGUCUAAUGGAUGUCCAAUGGAUGGACAAGUAUUAA